CCGGAGGGGGGAAUGCGGGCUUGGAACCACAUUUAUUUAACUACGCCUCCUCGGGUCUGAAAGUCUGCUGGUAGGCAUUGGACAGGAAGAGAGUUGGGAAAAGAAACGGGACGCCCUCCCUCUUCGUCCUCCUCCUCCUCCUCCUGCUGCCUCUCUGAGCGGAUAACGGUGUCCAAGAACUUAUCCAGGACCGAGGGAGACAAAAGCGCGGCCAUCAGUCAUAAAUGUUCUGGUUUUAGAGCGGAAAGCAGCAGGCUGUGAUCAGAUCAUGGAGGAUUUGGGACUGUCUGAGCCGCCUUGCUACCCUCUCAGUCCUCGUAUUGUUGUGUUUGAUGCCCUUCUUGCAGAUUUGGAGAACACCAGCUCUCCUCUUCCUCGGUGUCCCGUCUUGCUGACCUCUGACCCUCCACAGAAUGCCGAUGCCAACUCCCACGACUCGGCGCAGGCUCGACCGCCGCCGCCCGCCUACACGCCGCAGCAGACUGUUUCUGCAGCAAUGAAGACUUCAACCAACUCCAACCCGGACAAACUAUACAGCACCGUGUGCAAACUGCGCUCUCCGCGCUCCGCAGACCCGCCGCCUGCGUUCUCCUCCUCGCUGCUGGGCGGCGGUCUGAACGAGCUGGAUCACCUGCUGCAGGAGCUCAACGCCACCCAGUUUAACAUCACAGAUGAGAUCUUGGCCCAGUUUCCUGCUUCUAAGAAAGACGAGAGGGACAAGAUCAAGGAUAAGACCUCAACCUCCUCCAGCUCCUCGAAACCUUCAGCGACUUCAGCCACCAUGGAGUUGGACAAACUGAUGGCUUCACUGUCUGACUUCAGAGUCCAAACGACGCCGACUCCGUCUGUCAGCCAAGUGGUCCCCGCACCGCAGCGGCCCGCCGCUCCGGCCCAGCCCACACCUGGAGGCUCACUGGACAGCAUGCUGGGACUCCUCCAGUCAGACCUGAGCCGACAAGGAGUUCAGACGUCCUCCAAGGGAAACUGCUCAGCUUGCCAAAAACCCGUCAUAGGACAGGUGGUGACGGCGCUCGGGAAGGUGUGGCACCCGGAGCACUUCGUGUGCUCAGAGUGCGAGACGGAGCUGGGCAGUCGCAACUUCUUCGAGAAGGACGGGCGGCCAUAUUGCGAGUCGGACUACUUCACGCUCUUCUCCCCGCACUGCGCUAACUGCAGCAAACCGAUACUGAACAAAAUGGUCACUGCUCUGGACAAGAACUGGCAUCCAGAGUGUUUCUGCUGCGUCAAGUGCAGCCGCACAUUUGGAGACGAAGGUUUCCAUGACCGUGACGGCCAGCAGUACUGUCAGCAGUGCUUCCUGACCCUGUUUGCCUCCCGCUGUCAGGGCUGCAGCGAGCCGAUUCUGGAAAACUACAUCUCAGCUCUGAACUCUCUCUGGCAUCCUCAGUGCUUCGUGUGUCGGGAGUGCUACAGCCCCUUCGUCAACGGCAGCUUCUUCGAGCACGAGGGAAAGCCGCUGUGCGAGGCUCACUACCACCAGUCCCGCGGCAGCAUGUGCCAGGCCUGCCAGCAGCCCAUCCUGGGCCGCUGCGUCACCGCCAUGGGCGCCAAGUUCCACCCGCACCACCUGGUGUGCCAGUUCUGCAUGAAGCCGCUGAGCAAGGGCUGCUUCAAGGAGCAGGAGAACAAGCCCUACUGCCACCCCUGCUUCAUCAAGCUCUUCGGUUAGACACCCACCGCUCCACGGACCGGCGCUACGGGAGACAGUUAGGGCCACCAGGAAAGAAAGGAUGAAAUUAUGUCUUAAAACUGACUUUUUUUUCUUUUCAGAAUUCUGACUUAAAUCUCAGAAUUCUCCCUUUAAUAGAAUUCUGAGAUUUAAGUCAGAAUUCUGAUGCUACUUUAAGAAUUCCGACUAAUUUUUAGAAUUCUGGCUUUGAUUUCAGAAUUCUAAUGUUUUCUCAGAAUUCUGACUUUAAUCUUUUUCUCUCAAAAUUUUCGUUUCGAGAGAAGUGUAUGGAAAAAAGAGGGGAAAAAACUGAAGAAAAAGUCAGAAUUUAUUUUUUUCUUUCCUGGUGGCCCUAAUCCUCUUCCGUACUUCUCUCAUCCUCUGAAUCCCUGAAUAAAAGCAGAUGCUUCAUCAUGUCUCGGUCAUUUAGUGAAGCAGUGAGGAUGGAGUAGAAUCAACCAACACAUCAUUUGUUUUUUAGAAAAUGAGAUUGAAGUAAAUCGACGCCAAAAGUUUAUCUCAGCCAUAAAAUUGUAUCUUUUUUUUGCCAAAGGAAGGAAAGAAGCAGAUUAAAUGUAUUGUUUCAAUUCACGAGGUUAAAUGUUAUGAAAGAAAAUUCCUUAUAAUAUAUUUGCUUUUUAUUGCCUCAAAUACACACUUCACUGCAUUUGCAUUUAUGUAUUGUUUGCUGAUUGCUAAAUAUGUUUACGUAAACUACCUUAUUUUUAAAGUCAGGUAUCGUUCACUUAUUCCUCUAUGCAAAAUGUCAGACGCGUUUCUAGAAAUAAAAAGUUUUUAUGA